CUGCCAUAUCAAUCAUUGAUAAGAAGAGACUGGACGUCUAACUACUGCUUAGACCGACUAUCUAUCAAACACCGCCAAGAUGGGUUCCAGUAACAAGAAAAAGAAGGAGAAGAAGAAGGACUUUAACAAAGCCAAGUUGAAGGUCGGCAAGGCCAAAGCCAAAGCAGCCAACUUUACCGAUACGAGCUUCAAGUCCAAAUCCAUCGUCGUGAACCAACACACCCUCGCCGCCCUCGAUGGCGUCGACCUCGUCGGCCUCUUCAAGCAGCACCUCAACCAAGCCAUCAACUCCAAAUCCGACAAGCUUCGCCAAGAAGCCCUGGUCCAACUAACCAAGGACCUCUCUUCCAAGCCCAUCUUCAACCCGGUCGGCGUGCCCAACCUGCUCACCAAGUUAUUGCCCUUAAUCACCGAUUCUGUCGCCAACGUGCGCACCAACUUCCUCAAGCUCCUGCGCGCCCUCCCGCCCUCCGACGUCGCGCCCCAUGUCGAGAAGAUCCUCAUGUACAUCCGGGGCGGCAUGACCCACCUGUCGACCGAAAUCCGUUCCGACACGCUUUCUGUACUCGACUGGCUCAUCGAAGUCUGUCCCGAUGAAACCGUCUCCUGCCCGGGCGGCUGGCUCAAGACAAUGAAUUCGUUCUCGUCCAUGUUGGGUUGGAACCCAUCUGUAGCAUCCACCUUGUCGGUCAAGGGCUGGACGUCAGCCACCAAAACCAGUUUGAACAAGGUCUCCAAGAAGAACGGCGAAGCCCAAGCGAAGCAGAUCACCAUCUUUGCCAAGUUCUUGGAAGCUGGGUUCAGACCGGAGACGCCGCUGCCGUAUGAUGAGCAGCGGUAUUGGGAUAGUAUCUACAGGAUGCCGACGACGCCGAAUCCGUUUGCUUAUAUGAAUCUGUGGGGCGCGCAGAGGGAUGAGGAUGGAGAAAUGUAUCCGGAUCGGAUCUCGAGGCAGCAGGUGUUUGAGCGUAAGUGGAGGGCGGCGAUCAAGACGGGCGUGAUGGGCGCGAAGCAGGAAGGCGGUGUGAUUGGUAGGGCCGCGUCGGUGUUGGACAAGGUAUUGAGGACGGCGGAGGAAGGGGGAAAGAAGGUGGUGGAGGAGCCAAAAAUCGAGGAGGUGGAGGAGGUAGAGGCCUAAGUGAUGGUAGGGGCAUGGCUUGUAUGGGUGUGGUUCACGACGGUCUUCUUCAGCUAAUGAUCUGGGAAAGGAUAGGGUCCAUUGUUGCUUCAUUAUAGGUUCUCUCGGUUUAUAGGUUUAUGAUUCCCUCUUGUUCUUUGUUGG